CCCUUCCAUCGCCAUUCAUAUCCCAUUUAUCAAUUUUGUAGGCUAUUUCAUUGUUUUGUUUUGUUAUCUCGUUCAAUAUUUAUGAAUUUAGCCAAGUUCUAGUGACUGUGAAUUUAGUAAUAGUCUAUCAAAAUUCUCCGUGAAAAUAACCAAUGCGUUCCAGCAGGUGAAUGCCGAAAAGCUACCGUACCGUAUGUUGCAACUCAUCCUUUUUGAGUGUUUGGGAGUGAACUGCUGUUUAGUUGAAUGACAGCUGAGUUUCCAUCCUCUUGGAUUUUUAGUUUGUAAUUUCAUCCUGGUUUUAUUUCUAAUGAUUCAUCUAUCACUUUCUCCGAUCUCACAAUAGUCUAACAAACUAUGUGUGAUGUUCAGUUAUGUGAAGAGAAAUCCUCUGAACGUGCGUAAAUCAGGGUAAUUUGCUGUUGGUGCGGUAUUCUCUGUACUUAUUGCCAGUCAGACUUAAAAUGUCCGAUUCCGAGUGCAGUAAAUCAAAGCGAAUCAAGCUGGAUGAUUCCUCUGGAGCUGAGGAAUCAAAUUUAGUCUGUAACGGUAAUUUUUUGUCAUCCAACCACUGUAUCGAGCCAGUUACCAAAAAAAUUUGUGAAACAAAAGCUGUGAAUGAAGAGAAAGAUCAACCAAGUUCGGGUGAAGUCAAUUUCAUGUCAUUUUCAGACGAUGUUUUGCUGCUCAUCUUAAAAAAUUUGAAACCGAUUGAUUUGAUCUCCGUAAGCAGAUGUUGCAAAAGAUUACAAAGAGUCUGCAAAGAUUUCACUUUAUGGGAGAAGGUCGAUUUCUCUACUCAUGGUGUUUCAGCUGCGGAUCUACUCAGUUAUCUGCAGUUCCUUCUUCCAUCGACUAAAAGUAUUCAAAUCAAAGGCCUCCUGCAUAAUGAGUCCCAAAAAACUGCAGAAAAUACCACAGUGUCUAAUUCGUCAGGGGAUUGUGAUGAAAACCUCACAGACAUUUCAACUCUAUCUUCAGAAUUUUUGGCUUCUCUAGCCCUCAGGUGUCCAAAGCUUGAGGAACUUUCUGUGGAAUAUUGCUACAUUGAUGCUAAAAAGGUACGUUUUGAACAUUUCCCACAGUCUCUGAGCUCUGUAUCGUUGCGGAAUUCAUGCGUUAUCAAUUUGCCAAGUACUUGUUCCUAUUUCUCAAAGAUAGAUGAAUAUCUGCCAAAUUUGACUGUUUUAGAUCUGUCAUAUUGUAGUUGGUUCGUUCCUCACUCUUUACUGGCAAUCAGUAAGUGCCAUUCUCUUCGCGAAUUGCGGCUCCAGGGAUGCAAAGAAAUGGGAGACUGUGUACCAUAUGCCAGUCUUGCCUCCAGUUUUGGAUUUGGAGCCCUGCAGAAGCUGGAUUUGCGGCUCACCCCAAUGGGAGACAGUGAAGUGUCUUGUUUUAAUAAAACAAGAUCUUUAACGCAUUUAUACCUGGAAGCACCUGUCAACAACGAUCCAUCAGGUCCCUUCUGUGAUAUUAGUGAUCGGACAGUUACAGCAUUCGGUUCAAGAGAGAGGGUAUUAAUUGACCCCUUACAUCCAGGUUUUCGUGCUUCUCUCUUACCAAUCAUGGGAUUUCAAUAUGGAAAUGACCUAUAUGGCAAUCGAAUUCAAGUUUUAGUCUUAAGAAACUAUCGAUCAGUGACUGAUUUAAGUUUAAAACACGCGGCCAAAUGUAUGCCAUCUUUAGAAUAUUUAGAUAUAACAGGCUGUGGCUGCACUCCGAUGGGUAUCAAGCAAUUCAAAUCGGAUAGACCGAAUGUUACAUUAGUGCACUCAGAGAUUGAACAAGUACAACCUUUGACUGUGAAUAGCAGUAACUCAUAAUCAGAAAUGUAUACCUGUUCACAGUUGCCUCUUCUUAUGUAUCUUUUUCUAUUCCAUCUUCUCUAGUUUAAUCAUGCUUUGUGAAAUAGAUAUUUUUAAUCUUUUUUUUUUUUUUUUCAAAGUUGAAUCAGGAGGUAGUGAUUAUUUUCUUCAAGGAAAAAUAAUUUUCUCUUUUAAAAAUUGCUGCGUAAAUUUUGUAAAUAUUAGAAUUUUUUAUGGAGAUGAAGUCUGUCUAGUUUUGAGUCUGCACUGUUGAUUGUAAAUCAUUUUGUUUGAUUUUUAUGAUAUCGGUUUUCUACUGUAAAUUUUUGGGAAGUGUCCAAAAUGAGGCAAAAGAAUGCAAAACUGUCUUGUAUAGUAGCAGUUCAUACACGAUUUUGGGACUGAUCUGUAUCUUGUAACCAUCAUGACUCGAAUAUAGGACGUGUAGUCGAUUAAAAGUCGUACUAUUUUGGCUCUGACACAUCACUUGCUAAUGCUUAUUUCCAUUUAAUGACCUGUUAUACCAAUUGUGAAACAGCAAAAGUGUGUAUCUCAAAAAACACGAUUUUCCAGGAGAGCAAAAAACUGUUCACAUACCUCAUCAUUGUCAAUGGAAGGGAAAUCAUCCUUGAGUAUAGCCAGGAUAAGAAGUUUCUUCAGACUUAAUUAGCAAUUCGAACAGUUUCUUGUACUGUCUAGAAAUCUGACAGAAGUACCAAGAUUUGCAUUUUCUGCACUAAGAACAGACACUAUGUAUAUCCUGGGAUACGAGACCUUAGUAUUAUUUAAAGCUCUAAGUCGGCCUAAUAGAACUACACAGAAGCCAACUUAAAAAUAUGUUUUCAGGAAGUCGGUGCUGGGACACAUGGAAAUUGAAUUACAUUUUUGGGAAACUCCUCAAUUUUUUAGAUGAAAUAUUUUGAUGGGAGACAAAAGAAAUGUUUUAUAGAUUAUUUGUGUAGGUAACAAAAACCUCUGAAAAUCAAGGUACGUUCUUUUGCUGUUUCACCAUCAGUCAUGUCAUAUGGAGAAAAUUGCACAGUAACAUUGUACCUUGUGUCAAUAAAAGUUGAAAUGUUGAAGGGUCCGCCGCAGUAUCUCACUGUAUGUAUGAUUUUGCUUUUUUUUGUCUCGAUUCGAGAAUUAAAAUAAAUGGUAGUGCUCUGGAAAAAUCUUAAGGUAUAGUUUAAAGGGCUGAUAUGACAGUUCACAUAUUAAAAAAGCUGAAAACAUAGUACAUAACAUAUUAUACACAUUUUUUUUCUCUCUCUGCUUGGAUUUGAGAUCAUAGAGCAAUUUGUAUAAAAAUGCUCUGCAUAUUAUAUUACAAAUCAAACAGGUGUAACAGAAGCUAUAAUACUGCGUUACAUCCAAAGGUGUAAAGGGGUUCUCUGGGUAUCAUCUCUUGUGCCUUUUACAUGAAAGCACUGAAAAUUAAAGGUUUAAAGUCCCUCAUCAAAGAUUAUCAUAAGUGUCGCAGAGUUCUAGUUUUUCAUCGGGAGCUCUUUCAAAGUGUUGUGUAGAAAUAAUUAAUUCUGAAAUGUUUGUAAACUAUUUUUGAAUGUGCUCUUUCAAAGAGCCUUUGUAAGGUUAAUAACUCAACAUCAGAGGCUGCUGUCUUAGUUGGCUAUGGGAAUUUUGUGAAAGGUACCGAGACAGUUUUUUUAUUGUUUGGUGGGAACCCUUUUUUUUUUUACCUGCAAAUAUUAAAUUUAAUUGUUUUACUUAUGAUUUAUACUGGAACGAGUCUUUUUUAGAUCAACGCCUGACUUAUACAUUGCAUACUCUCUGUGUAUUAUCUAUUCCUCAUCUCCUCCUCCCCAAUAGAUUUCAAGCAAGGCUUUUUUCUAACCAAUGAUAGUUUUAGCAAAAAUCUUCAAAUUGCUACGAAAUAGCCGUUACGCAGAAAAUUAUUUCAAAGAAACAAUCCAGCUGUCUGUUUCAUACUUUAGAAUAUGUAACAGUUGCAAAGUGCAAAAUUUCUAAAAUGUUUGUCAGGGAGUUAUAUUGUAUUUUAAGCGACAAUAUUUGGACCUAACAAAUGUAACAGACAUAAAAUGAAAAACUGGAAAGAUAUUUAAGAAUCGUCUGUAAAAUAGUAUGAAAGAGAAAAAAUUACAUACUUUGAACCUGACUUUAGCUAAAACUGUGUUACAGCAUAGUACGUCAAAUGUUUUGUAAAUCUCAAUUGGAGCAAUCCCUCAAUCAGGUUGCAAUUAGUGUAUUUAAUGAAUCUAUUACCUACAGGGUCGGGCGUGAAUAAUUCGGCAAUUACUGAAAAUGGUGCGGCAACACUGCCCAGACGCUCGGUCCUCAGAAUUCUCUCCCUGAUAAGAUAGAUCAAUCGUCAAAUUAUUUGUCCCAUUGACCAUUGAUCGGACAUUUCUGAUUGACCACAUAGUUUCUGCAUAACUUUUUCCCAACUCUGAUUACCCAUGGCUUUAAAAAAAGAUCGUGCAACAUUGGUCACAUAAUCUAUGAGAAUUAUCAGUCAGAAAUACUAACUACCCUUCUCUAUAAUGAGUCACCUAUGGAAAGUUAUCUAUCAACUUGUCCAAAUGAAAAAAUCAAGAGAACCCUUCAACGUACUACCUCAACUUCAUAUGCACAGUCAUCUCAGGAAAGUUGGUCUUAUUACCUAGUUUGGCGUUGUUAUUUUUAUUUUUCAAACAAAGUACAGGAGCCAAAACUUGGAUCAGGUGACAUCGGGGAAUGGAAAUAUAUUAGUUAGAUUUUUAAUGAAAUUCAUGUCACUGUAUAUUUACAUUGAUCAGCUAACAAACAUUAACUGUAUCAUCUUUGUAAUUUUUGUACAGUGCCUUGAGGUUUUUUCUCCUUCUUUUUUUUUUCUCCUUUUUCUUAUUUUUACCGCAAAACGAAUCAAAACAAUUAGCUUGAGCUUGAAGUUUGCUUAAAAAAUCCCGCACAGAUGUCCCGAAAAGUCACCAAAAAUUUCAUUUAAGUAAUAGCUUUUGUUAAGUAUUCUUAAUAAUUAAAAUAUUGUACUAACAAAAUAUAUUAUGUCACAGGUAUGCAUUGUAUUCUGAUGAGUGAACUUAAUAAUCGUAUAAUUAUCAAAAAACUUAACCUUGUGAUCUAUUUUAAAAUUUUUUAUCGAUAAUUGUUUGUAAAAAUGGGCUACUGAAGGUGGAGCUCAUGCAUCGUAUGCUCAUUGCUCAUAGGAAUGUCAGUCGCUACCUAACUCUAUGCCAAUGAUACUCAGUGUUGUAUGACUCGACUAGUAUGUCAUCAUGCAUGUGUAACAUCAGCAUGAUUCAGUGUCCCCUAGUCUUGAGACUUCAAGCAAAUGUGCCGUUUGAAUUUGCACUUACCUCUUCCACACUAAGUAAGUUUCUUCAAGUUUGUGAAACUUCUAAAAUCAGAUACUUACAGCAUGAGGUCAUUUUACUAAAUAAGCGAGUGAUAUAUUUUUUACCCUCGAAAUUUUAAUUCAAUCGAUUUGUUGCUUAGAACAGCUCAAAAUCGUCCGGAGACUCAAUUUUUCAAAAUUUUUGGGACCCCCAACCUCCUACAAGACUAGGAAUUUCCUCAUACCGCUCCUUUGCAGCUGGAGGAUCCCUAUAAAUCGCCCUCAAAAGGGUGUUUCAGUGUCGCCCAGGCCCUACCAGGCGAGAAGUCCUUCGGACUCCCCCCCCCUCCCCCCCCCAAAGUUCUUAUUUCUGCCCAUGCAUAAGGUCUGAGUACCAGAGAUGAAUGUAGUAGGUACAAUAAAUUAUUGCAGCCUGCUUUUUCUCCAACUAUUCAAGUAUUAUGUUUGCCAGCUGUCUCGUCUGAAUCGACUCCUUCAUGUAAAUCAAAUAAAAUUAUGUAAUCAAAGCCAUAUCCACUUUUGGCUCUUUUCCACAGUUUCUUUGAUAGAUACAUCUUUUAUACUUCUACUGAAUGACUAAUGUAGCCUGCCAUUUUAAUCAAAUUGUAUUUUAAGACACUGUCUAUCACAAUUUUUUUUAGUUAGAGAAUGAUGGGAAACUCUGUCUGGUGAUAGAGUGAGCUCUUGACCUCAAUGGGGGUAGUGAAAUAUAGGUACCUAUUUUCACAAUCACUCAAACACGUUACCCCUAUGUAUCUUCAAUUUGAAAUUUCACCUGAGACAUACAUAUUGAGAACAUUAGUAGUGAUUAUUCUUUUCUGAAAAGUUUUUUUUUUUUUUCUUUCUUUUACAAUAAGACACUCUUCAUCCCUUUUUUGUGUAACUGUUAUCCAAAGAUUGAUUUACCCUGUAGAUUUUUUUAUUUAAGACUUAUUUGGGCCAGUUAAAAUAGCUUUUCAUUGGAGUGUAUAACGCCUGUUUUCUUCUUUCUCUGAAAAGAGACUAAGUAUUUAAUUCUAAAACCUACCAUGCAUAUACCUAUUUUGUAAAAUGAGUGAUAUGUAUUUUCCUGUGCAAUCAUUGUGCAUUCUUAUGAAAGUAAGAAACAUUUAUUAUAAUUAAUUUGCGUUAAGCAUUAAUGGGUUUCACCUAUUUGUAUCUCAAGAAAAAAAUAAAAUAAAAUAAAAUAGCUAAAGUAUAUUGGAAA